AUGUUUUUUGAAACUUAAGGUAUUAGGACUGUGUUAUUAAUUCAUCCAAAAGACAUGCAUGAAAUUUAAAGAAGAACAAAUGAUUUAAAUAACAAUGAAUUUUUAAAAAAAGAAUUGUUUUAAAAAGUUGAAGGAAUAGAAAGUCAAUAAUUUGGUCAUAUUAUAUAUAUAACAAAUAUUAGAGGAUUAGCAGAUCCAAUUAUAGACUUAGAUGGGUUUAUUAAAGUAGAAAUUUAAUUUGAUGCAAUUACAUUUAAAUUAGAGGAAGGAUAAACUGUUGAUAUUGUAGUCCAAAAAAUAAAUAAUAAUUCGAUAGACGGAACAAUAGGACCAGAUGAGAGAUUUUGUAUUCCGAUUGAUAAUUUACCUGAUUCAUGGCAUUCUUCUAUUUAAGAUGGAAAACUUGAUGCUGACGGAAAAAAUAUUAUUGUUGGAUCGAAAUUAAGAGUUAAAAUAACUGCUAUACACACACACAGAAUUAUUUGUUCAAUACCUGAUGACGAAAAUUACGGCUAUAUUGAAUGA